UAUCAAGUGAACAAUUAUCCAAUUAUGAAUUUGAGAAUGAUGAAAUAAUAACAAAUUUAGAAGAAAGUAAAAUGCUUUCUCAAUCACAAAAUGAUUCACUUUUUCAUACUUCAAAUAAGCAAAAGAUGAGUGAUAAGAGGAUUAUUCAGUAUCUUGAUGCCAUUUUAAAAUAUAAUCAAGUUAUGGUUCAGAAACUAUCUGUAUGA